UGGUGAUGAUAAUAGAUCAUCAACUUGAGCAAAAGACUUUUUCACAGCUUUUUUUUUUGGUUUUUUCUCAGAAUCUUUCUAUCAGUUAUGUGCUUGUGUACCAAUAAAAAUAGACCAAACAAACCUCUUUCUAACCGAAAACAGAGCAAAAUCUUUUGUUUUCUGUCAGCUUAUUUACUUGUUCUGAGUGUUUGAAACCCAAAGUCAAUUAUUCUCUUUAUUUCCUGAAAAUUCUAUCAACUUGCUCAAUGAAUCUUGACAAAAAUAGUUUAUAUAGACACCAAGGAAAGGAACCAUAACUCAAAGACACUUGUUCUCACCAUUUCAUGAAGAACAAGUCCAUGAAAAUUUGAGAUUUUUGUUAAGCUUCUGGUGGAUGCAAGAUUGAGUUAAAAAAAAGGAUUCUUAUAUGGAAGGUGGUAGUAGUGGUGGACAUGGCAGUUUCUUACCCAAUUCUAGCUUUGGUGCAUUCUCUGAGACGGCUACAAAUAUGGACUUCAUGGACGAACUCUUCUUUGAUGGAUGUUGGCUUGAGACAACAGAUGGUAAGAGCUUGAAGCAGACAACACCCACCAACAUGAAUGACAACAACAACAACAACAACAACUCUUUCCUUUAUGAGACAGAGAGAAAGUUUCCUCAAAUAACACCAGGUUCUCUCAAGAUAGAAGAUCUCACAAAUCGACCGAUGAAUCAAGUACCAUCUUACCAGUUUACAGCUAUGAGUUCUACACAAGCAGAUAAGUCUCUCCUUGAAGAAACUGAGAGAGGUAAAAGAUGGUGGAUAGCUCCAAGAACAAGGCAAGGCCCUUCUUCAUCAGUGAAAGAAAGACUAGUACAAGCUAUCAAGGGUCUUAACGAGGCGGUUCAGGAUAAAGACUCCCUUAUUCAGAUAUGGGUGCCAAUCCAACAAGAAGGCAAGAACUUCCUCACCACUUUGGAGCAGCCACACUCCUUCAACCCAAAACACUUGAGUCUUAAAAGAUACAGAGAUGCCUCAGUGGCAUAUAACUUCCUGGCUGAUGAGGAUUCCAAGGAGUCAGUAGGUCUCCCUGGCCGUGUGUUCCUUGGGAAGUUACCUGAGUGGACACCUGAUGUUCGGUUCUUCAGAAGUGAAGAGUAUCCACGCAUCAAAGAAGCUCAGAAGUGUGAUGUUAGAGGAUCAUUAGCCCUUCCUGUGUUUGAAAGAGGUAGUGGGAUUUGUCUAGGAGUUGUUGAGAUUGUCAGAACAACUCAAAAGAUGAAUUACAAGCCAGAGCUUGACAAUAUCUGUAAAGCCCUAGAGGCUGUUAAUCUAAGAAGUUCAGAAAACUUGAAAUCUCCAAGCAGUGAGUUUCUCCAGGUUUAUAAUCAGUUCUACCAUGCAGCAUUACCUGAGGUAUCAAACUUUUUGGCAUCAGUCUGCAGAUCAUAUGAUCUGCCUCUGGCUUUAACAUGGGCACCGUGUGCUAGGCAAGAAGGCAGAGGUGGAUCCAGACACUCUGAUGAGAACUUCUCUGAGUGUGUUUCAACUGUAGAUUCAGCUUGCUUUGUCCUUGACCAACAGAGUUAUCAUGUCCAAGUGGCGUGCUCUGAGCACCAUCUUCUUCAAGGGGAAGGCAUUGUGGGAAAAGCAUUUAAACGAACCAAACUGUUCUUUGUCCCUGAAGUUACCACUUUUAGCAAGACCAACUACUCUCUUGCGCACCACGCUAAGAUCUCUGGUCUGCAUGCCGCUUUAGCUGUCCCUUUGAAAAACAAAUUCAACGGUUCUGUUGAGUUUGUGUUGGAGUUUUUCUUUCCAAAAACUUGCCUUGACACCGAAGCGCAACAAGAAAUGCUCAAGUCACUGUCUGUGACACUGCAGAAUGAUUUCAGGAGCUUGAAUCUUGUCAUUGAUAAAGAGCUAGAGCUUGAAGUGGUGUUUCCUGUAAGAGAGGAGCUACUUUUCUCAGAGAAACCUUUGCCUCUUGAACCUUUGUCUUUGGAAGAGAUCUCUCAAGAAGAUUCCUCAUGGAUCUCUCACAUGAUAAAAGCUAAUGAGAAGGGUAAAGGUGUGUCCCUUUCAUGGGAGUACCAGAAAGAAGAGCCAAAAGAAGAGUUCAUGCUGACAUCUGGUUGGGACAACAACAAUCAGAUUUGCCUUGGCCGUGGCCACAGUAGCUUUGAUUCAGCUUCCUUUGGUGUGGGACAACCAUUGUUAGGAAGUAGAAGACAAGGUGAAAAGAGAAGAACAAAAACAGAAAAGACAAUCGGUUUAGAAGUUCUUAGACAGUACUUUGCUGGAAGCCUCAAAGAUGCAGCCAAGAACAUUGGUGUUUGUCCAACAACAUUGAAAAGAAUAUGUAGGCAACAUGGGAUAACAAGAUGGCCUUCAAGGAAGAUCAAGAAAGUGGGACAUUCUUUAAAGAAACUCCAACUUGUUAUAGACUCUGUUCAAGGUGUUCAAGGCUCUAUCCAACUUGAUUCAUUCUACACAAGUUUCCCAGAGUUAAGCUCCCAGAAUGUAACUGGUACUGGUACUGGUACUGGUACUUACUUCAAGAAUGCUCAAACCGAGAACGGUGUUUCAGCUCAGGGGAUUGCUUCAAAGUCACCACCAUCAUCUUCUUGUAGCCACAGCUCUGGUUCAAGCACAUGCUGCUCAACUGAAGCUAACAAUACUGCUAAUACCUUAACCACUCUGAUGGCUGAAAAUGCUGGAGAAAUCUUGAAGAGAGCUCGCAGCGAGGUAAAACUUCACACCAUGGAGGAAACAAAGCCUAUCUCUAGAACACUGAGCCACAAAACAUUCAGUCAGCAUCCUCUUAGCUCGAAAGCUGGAGGCGCCUCUAAAGUGAAAGCCACGUUCGGUGAGGCCAAAGUACGGUUUACUUUGCUCCCAACAUGGGGCUUCAGAGAGUUGCGUCACGAGAUUGCUAGUCGUUUUAACAUAGAUAAUAAUAAUAUUGAAACCUUUGAUCUUAAGUACUUGGAUGAUGACAAGGAGUGGGUUCUUCUGACGUGUGAAGCGGAUUUGGAGGAGUGUAUAGACAUUUAUAGAUCAUCACAGAGCCGCACUAUCAAGAUCAGCGUUCAUCAAGCUUCUCAAGUCAAGCUGAGAGGCUCUUUUGGUAGUACUGGUCCUGGUCCUUCGUUAUAAGCCAAAUGGAAAGGUUGCUACGUGAAAGGGCAAGGAGAUUCUUCUACUAAUUUAAUAGUGUGUUAGAAACAAAAUGUUACUUACCAUUUUAUAGACUUAGAGGUUGUAUACAUAUUCUCAAUGCCUUUGAUCAUACCAUUAUGCAAGCAGUAGUAGUGGACUCAGCAAUGGUUUUCUGCAUUGGCUUAGUAUAUUUUUUUUGUAUAAUAAGGCGAUUGCAUA